AAAGUAAAUACUGUGUAGACCACCAUGCAAGGUAAAAAAGCAAAGCGGCCAUUGUUGAUUGGGGGUGACCCGCACCCACCCAAACCGGGUUUAAUUCCGCGCCAUCACAGAAAACCACCCAAAAACCCAUCCCAUCAAGCUGCAACACACCUCCCAAAAUGGCUGACUUAAAUCAUACCCCCCCCUCGACGACGGCAUAUGUAGUCGCCACCGCCAUAAUCGCCGGUGUAACGGGCUACUUCAUCGGACAAGGCGCCUCCCUGGGCCUAUUCUCCUCGAAUGAAAAAGAAGGGUGGCCAAACAGCUACAACGUGAAGGUGCCCCAACACUCCUCAGACGAAGAGGACGAUGACGAGGAAGAAUCCGAUAGCGAAGAGGAAGGCGAUGGCAGCGAAUUAGCCAGUUUCGAUAAGAAUAACGAAGAGGUGAAGCUAGUUCUUGUCGUCCGGACGGAUUUAGGCAUGACGAAGGGCAAAAUCGCUGCCCAGUGCUCACAUGCUACCCUCGCCUGCUACAAGUAUAUUACCGCCCACUCGCCGAACUCGCCUUUGUUGCGCCGCUGGGAAUCGCAGGGACAGGCGAAGAUCGCGCUGCAGACUAAAUCGGAGGAGGAAAUGGAGACAUUGCAGGCGCAGGCUAUCAGUCUGGGUCUCUGCGCCAGGGUCAUCACGGAUGCUGGCCGGACGCAGAUUGCUAGUGGAAGCAGGACGGUUCUUGGAGUUUUGGGGCCCAAGAGUGUUGUUGAUGGCGUGACGGGACACUUGAAGUUGUUGUAACCGUACUUCUAGAGUAAAGUUGACAAUGACGGCCCAGUAAGGCAGUCAGUCGGCAGUUACUCCGACAACGUACAUAGGAAGAGUGACGUUGACUCGGCAACACUACCUCCUUGCGCGUUGCAUAUGGAGUCAUUUGUGACUUUACGAGAUGUAUGCUCAAUUGAUCAGUCUUACUAUAAGAGAGUCUACCAAGCACUACUAUCUAGUAUAGCCCGUACAGAUUGAAGCGACAAAACUACGAAGCGUAGAAUAGUUUAUGUUGGCUAGUCAUGGUUUUUCCCUAACCUCAUGGGCCGACGGCCAAAUCGGUGAAGGGAGUAGGAAUAUGACGCCGCCGAACACCAGGCUCUCCAGCCGAGCAUCACCAAGAUGGGAGCUCAAGACCGGAGUGAACACCCGAUGUUGGCUUUUAAUCUGAGAUCUGUCGACCGGAAAUAAAAGACCAUCCAAGAAGAAGAUGGCUCCUUAAGUCGUCGAACUGUCCAGUAAUCAACCGAGAUGCAGUAACAGACUCCUUCAAGAAGAAGCGCUUCCACACUCAGGAUCUCUGGACACAGAUCCGUGUGUGUUCG